UUAUAUGUUAAUAAAGUUUCAAAAAAAUAUUACAUUUAUAAGAAAAUAUUUAUGACUAAUGUAUUGAACUAAAAACAUAUCAUUAAAUAUUUAAGCAAAGUUUCCUAUUGUAACGAUCUGAUAUUCAUGAUUAAAAUCUUUUUUGGUUCUCAAUUAAGAUUUAGACUUUCAACUAGUAUUUUUUUUCUAUUUCCCAAAUAUAAAAUAAUAUUAAAAAGAUUUUUAUUGAUUUAGUAAAUUAAAGGAUACAAUUUUAUGCACAAAGUAUAUCCAUAAUGAGCUUCCUAUUUGGAGGCAGAUCAUCAAAAACUUUUAAACCUAAAAAGAACAUACCAGAAGGAACUCAUCAAUAUGAUUUGAUGAAACAUGCAGCUGCAACACUUGGGUCAGGCAAUCUCAGACUAGCUGUUUUGUUACCUGAAGGUGAAGAUCUGAAUGAGUGGGUUGCUGUCAAUACGGUUGACUUUUUUAACCAAAUAAAUAUGUUGUAUGGUACUAUAACUGAAUUUUGUACUGAGGAAAGUUGUUCUAUCAUGUCUGCUGGUCCUAAGUAUGAAUACCAUUGGGCAGAUGGUUUAACUGUAAAAAAACCAAUCAAAUGUUCGGCACCUAAAUAUAUUGAUUACCUAAUGACUUGGGUUCAAGACCAAUUAGAUGAUGAAACAUUAUUUCCAUCAAAAAUUGGAGUUCCUUUCCCAAAAAAUUUUCUAUCUAUUGCAAAAACAAUUCUCAAACGGUUAUUCAGGGUUUAUGCACAUAUAUAUCACACUCAUUUUGAUUCUAUUGUAUCUUUGGGCGAAGAAGCACACCUCAAUACAUCUUUUAAACAUUUUAUUUAUUUUGUUCAGGAAUUUGUAUUGAUUGAUAGAAGAGAAUUGGCACCAUUACAAGAUUAUAUUGAUAAAUUAGCUGGUAGAGAAACCAGAUAAAUGUUUUUAAUGCUAUUUUAAAAAAAUUGACAAGCACCUAGCUGACAGCUUUAAUAAUUGAUGUGAUAACUCAUUUUUAUAAGUAUAUAAAUGUUUAAAAGUAAUUCACAUUAUAUAUAAGUAAAUUUUUAGUCAAAAGGCAUUAAUUAUCUCUAUUUAUGUAUAAAUAAUAUAUUUUUAUGUAAACUAUUGUCAUCCUAAUGAUCUAAUUAUUGAUAUUAAGCACUGUAUAUUUGUAGACAAUCCUCUACCAAAGAAAAACACAAAUAUUAAUAUUUUACAGUUUUAUAACUAUUUUGUACAAUUAUAUUAUAGAAUUACUUUUAUAUUAUAUAUAUUACACAGGUAUAUUUUAGAAUUCAUACAGAGUACUUCAAUAGUUUAUGACCGGUGUGAAAUAUUUUAAGAUAAUUUGUUAUUAACUUUAAAAUAUGUUGUUAAUAACAUUAAAGCUUCUAAAAAAAUGAUCUUUAUUUACAUCUAUGUAAUGAAAAUAUAAAACUAUUUAAAUAUAUUAAUACUAGUAUUAAUAUAUACUUAAAUUAUUAUAGAUAUAUUUUUUCUUCUUUUGGCUGGAAAAAAUAAAAUAAAGAAAUCACUAUUUAUUCUUAUAAUGUGUAGGGCCAUCCUGUGAGAGUGGCUUUGGGAUAUCACACCCCCUACUUGGUAAAAUGUAAUAGUUUUAGUCAGCAAUUUUUUAAUGUAAGACAAUAUUAUCAAAAAAUAAAAAAUCUUACAAUUAUUGCAUGAUAUUUUAUGACAAAUUAUUCAAUUGACAAAAAUCAAUUUUCUACUUCAUAUUUGAUUAUAGGAUCCUGAUAAAAAAUUGUUUAGUAAUGACUUGGUUAAUCAGAUAAAUCAUUAUUUUGUAGAUUGCUAAUUUUUCUAACUUAAUACUUUUAUUGAUUUUGUUAUAGUCAAAAAUAUUUUUUUUAAUUUAAUGUAACCAAACUAUAAAAACAUUUUGAUUUUCUCUUGAUAAUUUCAAAAAUAGUGUCACAUUCCCAAAUGUCAACUUCACCUUUGAAAAUUCUUGCCUAUUUAAACAGAUUAGUUAUAUGUAGUAUAGUUUUUUAUGUUAAUACUCUAACCUUCAACUAUUAAGUUAAUACAGAAUACAGCAUAUUUUACCAUAUUAAAAUGUUUAUUUUCGAAUUUUUUAAAACAUAAUUACACGUCUUGGUUUCUUGA